ACAUGAGGAAAGGUGAAAUUACUAAGUAACUCACACAAGCAGAUACACACUUGGAGACCCUCUCCUCUUAUCAUUUAAAUCAGAAGUCGAAAAGGCUCUCAUGCCUAUUUGCCAAAAUGUUUCCUUUAUGUCACUGAUUGUUUUAGAUACCUACAUGGCUGAGUUCAUGAUAGAAAGCAAUGCUACGUUGAACGUCUCUGGUGCUCUAUCAGCAAUCAAGCAAAUAGCAACACCUAAUGCAACAAUGACUAUUGAACUGCUUGAACUAACAGCAGAAUGUAAAAUUGUCGGGAAUGCUUCUACGUGUAACUGUUCAUCAGCGUACAUCUGGAGUAACGACGUGUGUGGCAAUUUCCAGUGUUGCAAUUACUCAUAUUGUAACGCAAAUAUUUCUGACUACCCAGCCCUCUGCAUACCCAAAGUGAAAGUUCGCUUUAAUGGAACAGUCCAAGUGAGAAUAACAAUUAAUCAAACUGAUACUAUCAAAAAACAGCUUACAGAUGGUUUUAAACAAUUACAUGGGUUUGAGUGCCUCAAUGUGUCUGGACCGAGGGAUGAUGGACAAAUUGUUGAUUUCAAAGUGGAUCUCAGUGUCAUAUUUCUGACUGAUACACUUGCAAAAAUAAUAGCUGACCUGGAACCUACUGUUGGCAAAAUAGCUGUUGAAACAUCAGGACUCGUGAGCAUUCAGUAUCCAUUGGACACAGUGAAAUUCUCCUCAACACCGACGCUAAACUGCAGAUUUGAAGAGAAAACAAACGGCUCUUGGAACUGGAACCUGUUAAAAGGAAAUAAGACAUUUGAUCUGAACACUGGAAGGAGCAUAACAGUCUCAUUACCCAAUGAAAUGCCACACAAUUGUACCACAGUCCAAAUUAUAAAGUUGUCAGGGAACUGGGCAGGGAUUUAUAAGUGUGGAUUUUCCAAAGGGUCCAUUGUGCACGCAGCCACUGCAGAGUUGAAGGUAGCCCUGCUACCAGAUAAGAUCACCAUGACGAUUGACCCACUGACUGUAGAAUGCCAAGAUGCAGUGCCUCCUGUGACAGUCACCGCAACCAUCGAUAACAGCACAGAGCAAUACACAGUCACUUGGUCAUACCAAAAUAAUCUCCAAACUCCAAAUCUCCAAACUCAACCAGUACCACCAACGGGGAUAGCCUACACCACAGUGAUAUCUAUAAAUUGCAGUCCAUCAAGCUCACCCCAUGUUGUCAUCGUCAGCUUUACAAACCAGAUGGAUGAGAUCAGGAAAGCAAGCAUAACUAUCCCAGUGAUAUAUGCUCAUGACAAGAACCAGGCUUGUCCUGAAGACAAUAAUGUUUGGCCAAAAACCCCAAAAGGUGUAACUGUCACCAUCCGAAAAUGUGAGGUGAAUAGAGUUGGGUACAAAGAGCGGACAUGCAAGGGGCCUGAGUGGAUGGAGGUGCUGGAUAACUGUGUCAAUGAGGAGCUCGACAAAGUUGUCAAUGCAGCAGCAAAUUUUAAAGAGGGACUUGGGGCCACUCUUCAGGUUGCUAUUCAAAUCUUUUCUGAUUUGAAAAAGAGCAUGGUUGCUGACUCAGUUGCUGAUCUGAGUGCAUCCAUCAAUGUGCUGGAUACCAUGUCGAGUGCAUCAGAAACCAUCACCCUGGAUAACUCCAUUUUAGAUACAUUUCUUGAUGCAGCGAGCAACAUGUUGAAUAACACUUGGAAGGCAGUCAACAAAACCCUUGAAUACGACAUGUCCUCAAAAUACCUCACGUCUAUCGAGGGUCUAGUGAAUAACAUCAAAAUGAAUACCAGUGAGGGAAAUGACACCCCAAAUAUACAACUCAAACUCUGCAAUGUUCAAAACGGCACAUCUUGCAAUGACAUUGUGUUUGGUGUAGAGGUCAAAUUGGCCUUGUCCUCGGGAAUAGUGAAAACUGUGGGAGUAAAAAACCUAGCUGACAAAUUAAACAAUUCUAAAUUCUCAGACUAUAAAUUCCCUAGCAUUGUCGUGUCAGCCACACUGCAAAACAGCAAUGACUCCAAAAUAGACAUCAAAUUGGACUUUCCCAUCAACCAGUCGAUGACUCAAGACUCCAACAUCCUCUGUGUGUUCUGGAACACCACAUUGAACGAAUGGUCUGAAGAAGGCUGCAAGUGGAAGAAAGGGGUCAACAAUAGAAGCUAUUGCGAGUGCACCCACCUGACCUCCUUUUCAGUGCUGAUGUCAAAGAUCCCGGUGACCCUGCUCUUUCUGGAUGAGAUCACCUACGUGGGCCUCGGCGUGUCCAUCUGCUCCCUCAUCAUCUUCCUCAUCAUCGAGGCGCUGGUGUGGUCGGCCGUCGUCAAGUCCAACCUCUCGCACUUCCGCCACACGGCCCUGGUCAACAUCUCUCUGUGCCUGUUACUGGCCGACUGCAGUUUCCUGGCCAGCUGCUUCUCCAGCAUCAAAACCUCUACCUGGUGCCUCGUCCUGACCGUGACCAAGCAGUACUUCUUCCUGGCUAUGUUCUGCUGGAUGCUAUGCCUCAGCAUCAUGCUACUACACCAGCUCAUCUUCAUCUUCCACCCGCUGAGGAAGAGGGUAUAUCUGCUCCUGUCCACCAUCCUCGGCUACAUCUGUCCCACAGUGAUAGUGUCAGCUACCUAUGUGUACUACAAAUACACAGGGAAACCCUACCACAACACGGAAACCUGCUGGCUCACUUACGAGGGACUUCUGAAAGGGUCCAUUCACGCCUUUCUUCUGCCCGUCGGGACGAUUAUUUUGAUGAAUCUCUUCUCCAUGGGUGUUGUCAUCAUGACACUCCUAAAGUCCACCGUCUCUGAUGGGAGUAAAGCCGAUGAGAAAGAGGCAGCCAAAAGCAUCAUGAAAGUGAUGGUCUUUUUAACGCCAGUCUUUGGAGUAACAUGGGUUUUGGGAUUCUUUGUGCUGCUCAGUGAUAUCAACUCACCAAUGAAUGUUCUGAUGAAUUAUGCUUUCACCAUCAUAAACUCCUUUCAGGGCCUCUUCGUUUUGCUGACUGGAUGUUUUGCAGAGAAAAGGGUGAAAGAUGAGGUGUUGAAACUUUUCUUGGCUGGGGUGAGUUCUGCUCUUUUUUUCCCUGCUUUUGUUGUCUUUCCUUUCAAGUGGUGUUGGAGGGCCAGUAGGAGGCACUCUUUCCUCUGGUCUAAAAAAUAUCCCAAUGCCCCAGGGCAGUGAAUGGGGACACUGCCCUGUGUAGGGUGCCGUCUUUCGGAUGGAACGUUAAACGGGUGUCCUGACUCUCUGAGGUCAUUAAAGAUCCCAUGGCACUUAUCGUAAGAGUAGGGGUGUUAACCCCGGUGUCCAAACCAUCACGGUCACCUAAUAAUCCCCAGUUUACAAUUGGCUCAUUCAUCCCCCUCCUCUCCCCUGUAACUAUUCCCCAGGUCGUUGCUGUAAAUGAGAACGUGUUCUCAGUGAACUUACCUGGUAAAAUAAUGGAUAAAUGUGUCAAAUGUGGUUAAAUCUUUCUUCAAGUUGCUCUUAUACCUGUGUAGGAAUGCUAUAAUUAUGCUAGUUACAACAUUGUACUUCCAUAGUACUAUGGUAAUUGUCUUGUAAUGACAUAGUAAACUUUUUACCAAUUUAAUUAGAGCAGUAAAAAUAAAUGUUUUGGUAUACCGGGGCGGCAGGGUAGCCUAGUGGUUAAAGCAUUGGACUUCAAACCCCCGAAGGUUGCAAGUUCAAACCCCCGAGCUGACAAGGUACAAAUCUGUCGUUCUGCCCCUGAACAGGCAGUUAACCCACUGUUCCUAGGCCGUCAUUGAAAAUAAGAAUUUGUUCUUAACUGACUUGCCUGGUUAAAUAAAGGAAAAAUAAAAAAUACCCGUGGUAUACAGUCUGAUAUACCACAGCUGUCAGCCAAUCAGCAUUCAGGGCUCGAACCACCCAGUUUAUAAAGGCUGUUAAAUAACAGAAAACGCCCCGUUCUAUUCCUUUGUAAUUAGAAAGCAAAGCAAAAUAAAGCACCAUGUAUCAAUAUUGUAGUGUAAUUACAGUGUUACUACACAGAAAAGCAACAUAGUGUUACUGAACGCACAGAUAUAAAUCUGCCCACCUCUCUCACCAGGCACGUACUACCAAAGGGACAAGUGAGAGUACAAAAGACCUGACAAAGUCCACUUCAAAUAAUUGAUGAACAUCAAGGUUUGUACAGUCUUGAUACAAGACAAACAUGUGCUAACAUGUGAAAAACACCUAACUCUUAACUCCUCCAGCCCUUAAUUAGUUAAAUCAGGCAUGCUAGUAUUGGGCUGUAACAAAAGCCUGCACACUUUAAGGGUCUGCACGAUUGGGGAAUGAAAGACACCGUACUCAUCAUAUGUUUUCUGCCUCAGAAAACAAGCUAUAUUCUGGAUCAAGCUAUAUACUGGAUCAAGCUAUAUACUGGAUCAAGCUAUAUACUGGAUCAAGCUAUAUUCUGGAUCAAGCUAUAUACUGGAUCAAGCUAUAUUCUGGAUCAAGCUAUAUACUGGAUCAGGACCAACCCAUAUGUCUGCCACUACUCUCACCCAGACAGAAACAUCCACCUGGUUGUUUCCUCAAAGACAGGGAUGGCUGUGGUUUAGGUGGUGUUUAGACAGGUCUUAUCAUGAUUUCAUUAUAUUAUGUCAAUUACCUAUCAAGUUUCAUAUUCAUAUCUGAACUCCUAGACAUGAAUCAAUUGCUAAACACAUCUUUGUGAUUUCCUGUACACUUAUUUUCUACAAACAGUACAGUAGCAUACUAUGAUGUCAUAAUAUUACUGUUGUGUUGGUCAAUGGCAUUUGGUUAAUAAUACUAAUGAUUCAAUUGAUUGAGUUUUCCUGUACUUGCAUUAUUUAUAACUGUAGAUGAACUGUGGCAAUCAAAGUUAUUGUAAUAAAGGAAGGCCAGGAUUCCAGGCAUGUUGUAGACAAACACAUUGCAUACUGACAAAGUGCCUUUUAAAGGCUAUUUCCCCAACAUUUGCAAAGAUCGCAUUCACGGUAAACACUGCAGAUAUUGGCUCAAGCUGAAAUUACCUUGAAAAUGCCCUUCAAGUGCUGUGCACUUGUAGACAACGUGCCUUUGAUUGAAUCCCGGCCUAAUUGUCUUUUUUAAUCUAAACCCACUGCCACCAAUUCAUUUUUUGGAAUAUAGGAGUAUCAUUUGUGGCUGUAGAGCAAAUGCAUUUAUGUAAUAGAAUGAGAAACCUAGGGAUGGAUUCAAUCCAUUUCGACAAAGUAUCGUGGAAGAUCCACAUAAAAAUGUUAAGAUCUUCAGUGCUACGGAAUGAAUAGAGCCCCUAGAUUAACUAGCUUUAUUAGGGAAAGGUAGUAUCUCCAUUAGUCUAUGAUCUCGAUUCAAUCCAGAGUGUGAUUGACAUUUAAAGGCAAUGUUCCCACAUUUCUCAGAGACUGCAGUCACAGUAAUGUCAGUCCACUCGGAAAUUGCCUUUAAAUGUCAAUUACGCUGUAACAUGAAUCUUCCGCAGUCUGAAUUGAAUCUGAAUUAAAUCUCGCCCUAUGUUCAUGUUUUUUUACAUUGUUAUCUGUAUGUGUGUGUGCUCUUGCAAUCAUCUAAUAAUCAAUCAAAUAAAGAAACAUAAAUCUCACAGAAGCAAUUAUUUCAUUGUUUCAUUCAGGCUCCUGAGUGGUGCAGUGGUCUAAGGCACUGCAUCUCAGUGCAAGAGGUGUCACUACAGUCCCUGGUUCGAUUCCAGACUGUAUCACAUCCAGCCGUGAUUGGGAGUCUCAUAGGGCUGCGCACAAUUGGCCCGGGGUUGGCCGUCAAUGUAAAUAAGAAUUUGUUCUGAACUGACUUGCCUAGUUAAAUAUACUGUUAUUGAGCAACUUGCCACAAUAUUGUUUUAGUUCGUGUUAUAGACCAUUACAAGCGUCCAAACCUAACAUAAUCAUAAGUAAUUUAAUAAAUGAAAAGUCCCUCUCUGCAAUGAAUUGAUUGCAUGCCAGCCAUGGUCAAGGAGUU